AUGGAGACCGCUGCCGCCAUCCGGACGGGGGGGCUAUACUCCCCCCCAUCCACUCCCAGCGCCGCCGCCUCUGCGCCCAUGAGGAGUCUCCAAGGCUUUCUCCGGUUCCAACCCCUGAGGACCCCGCUUCGGGCGCGGCCGGCCGCUGGGCUCCCUUCGCCCGCCCUCCGAUGCUACAGGCAGGUACACGCUUCUGCUAAUUUUUGGGAGAAGCAGGGUAAUUUUCUCUCCUCUCGAUCGGUCCCAGCGGAGCGGCCCCUUCUCUUGCCCGGGGACGGUUACAUUAGGGAUGGAUUCCGGAGGCGGGAACGUAGGGAAGCAGGUGACGACCGCAAGAACACGCAGACAUGCGGAGCCGGGGUCGCCGUUCCGUCGGCGGGUGACAGCGGCAGCGUCGCCGAGCCCCAAAAAUUCCUGGGCGUGGAGGUGACGACGCUGAAGAAAAUUGUGCCCCUGGGGCUCAUGUUCUUCUGCAUCCUUUUCAACUACACCAUCCUGCGGGACACCAAGGAUGUGCUUGUGGUCACCGCCAAGGGCAGCAGCGCGGAGAUUAUCCCCUUCCUCAAGACAUGGGUCAACCUGCCCAUGGCCAUCGGGUUCAUGCUUCUGUACACCAAGCUCUCUAACGUGCUUUCCAAGGAGGCUCUUUUCUACAGCGUCAUAGUCCCCUUCAUUGUCUUCUUUGGGGCGUUUGGAUUCCUCAUGUACCCACUCACAGACGCCAUCCACCCCACCGGCCUCGCGGAUAGGCUCCUUGACGUCCUCGGCCCGAGGUUCCUUGGUCCAGUGGCAAUCUUGAGGAUAUGGAGCUUCUGCCUUUUCUACGUGAUGGCUGAGCUCUGGGGCAGCGUGGUUAUAUCGGUUCUCUUCUGGGGCUUUGCCAAUCAGGUGACAUACACUAAGCCCGCCCCGUCCAUUCAAAGGAUUUUGUUGUAGAUUUCCGGCUAUGAUGGUCAAAGUCGGCCGUUAAAAUCUGUCUUAUUUUUGAUUGACUUAUCUCUGUUAUUGUUUUCACCCUCUAUUUUGCUCUUUUGCUUCGGCUCUCACCGUUGACUUUUUUUAGUUAUGAUUUUAUUUUUUACAUUGACGGGGAUAUUAUGAUGACCUUCUGAUUUGUUCUGCGUCUCCAAAAAAAAUCAUCGUUAUAUUUUAUAUUAUUUUUUGUAUUAUCAAAUUUUUUUGAAUUACAUGACCGGUUAACUCUAGAUUCACUCCUAUUUUCUUACUGCUAAUGACUUUUCGCCGCAAUCUUCCCGUUAAUGUGCCGAAGAAGAUCUUUGGGCGCUCUGAUCUGAGAGAAUGAGUCAGGCCGUGAUGUGUUACUGGAGUAACCGAUUAAAAUGCUUACCACUCCUUUUUAGUCAUUUUUACCAUCUUCUGCUCCGGUAGUCAAGCCAGUAUGACCCGGGUCAUCUUGGGAGGAACUAAGGCCUCAAUGGUGGAUACGUCUUCCCAUUGUGAGAGCAGAGGACCUGCUGGAGUGCUUUAAAGGCUCAUUUAUCUGGCCGUCUGGCGUUCAAAAAUAUCCUCGGGUAUCAUUAUUUUGAGUUGCAGAUAUUUCAUCAUGUUUUCCCUCUACGGCUUUGCUUCUUCUGCGUGGUUUGCAUUAUCAUUGUACAAUAUCGAUUUGGCUCUCCAUCUUUUCUGUUUCUUGUCCCUCAAUUUAAUUUGCAGUUAUUAUUUUGAUAUUUUUUUAAUGGGCAGUAUUUUUAUUUAAUGUUAAAAUUUCCAGGAACUGUUUUGUUUUCCUCCCUGUUUAUGAAGAUUUGAGAAGCAAAAGUCGCAGUCUUUUGUUAAGAAUGAUAAAAGAUGUUUUCCAAAAUUGAGUACGGAGAAUGUGUACCAGCCCUCCGUUGUUGCUGUUUCUACUUUGCUUCCAUCCGGCCCUUAUCUGGUAAAAAGAUGGCCCUUUGCUGGUCUUUUAGUUGACUUUUUUCUGUUUCCCCUGUUCUUGCAGAUCACAACUGUAGACGAAGCGAAGCAAUUCUACCCUCUGUUUGGGCUCGGAGCAAAUAUCGCCCUCAUUUUCUCCGGGCGCACAGUCAAGUAUUUCUCCAACCUUCGCAAGAAUCUGGGUCCUGGAGUCGAUGGCUGGGCGAUCUCUCUCAAGGGAAUGAUGAGCAUCGUCGUCCUCCUGGGUCUCGUAAUUUGUGGGAUAUACUGGGGAGUAAAUAAAUUUGUUUUGAAUGACCCCUCUCUCCCAAAAUCAGAUCGUAAGAAGAAGAAGGUAGGCUCGUGAUGAUUGAUGUCCAUUCGAUCCCUCUUCUGCCCAUUUUUCUGCAUGGCGCUGAUACAUAUUUAUCUCUACAUGUUUGAAUAUUCCUCAGGAGAAGCCCAAGCUUGGGAUGAAAGAGAGCAUGAAAUUCUUGCUCUCAUCCAGAUAUGUGAGGGAUCUUGCAACUUUGGUUGUUGCGUAUGGUAUCAGCAUCAAUCUUGUUGAAGUCACGUGGAAAUCAAAGCUUAAGGCUCAGGUAUGACUCUCAUCAGUCAGAUUCUGCAUGCCCCUCGGUGGGUUUUUUUCUCCUCAAGGAAAAUUACCACGCAGCUCUCUUAUCUCCUCUUCUUCCCCGCCUGCUGUUGUUGGCAGUUCCCCAGCCCGAACGAGUACUCAUCCUUCAUGGGCGAUUUCUCCACUGCCACUGGCAUCGCGACUUUCACGAUGAUGCUGCUGAGCAGGGUGAUCCUCAGCAAGUAUGGGUGGGGUGUGGCGGCGAUGAUCACCCCCACCGUGUUGCUCCUGACCGGAGUCGGGUUUUUCUCGCUGAUACUCUUCGGCGAGCCGCUGAUGCCUUUGCUUGGCACAUUUGGAGUGACGCCGCUGCUGGCAGCGGUUUAUGUGGGAGCCCUGCAGAACAUCUUCAGCAAGAGUGCCAAGUACAGCCUGUUUGACCCUUGCAAAGAAAUGGCAUACAUCCCGCUUGACGAGGAGACAAAGGUCAGCAGUGUUUGGUGUUCGUGCCUCCUCUCGAGAUGCAUUUAGGUUUUCUUUUCUUCGUGAUUUUUCUGACGUAUAAGUUCAUAAAGUUAGUCGAUUGAUGUUGUCGUCCCUCGCAUCGGAUAUCAAAGUUUCUGCGGUGUUAUUUUUCCAGGUGAAAGGUAAAGCGGCCAUCGAUGUUGUCUGCAAUCCCCUGGGGAAGUCUGGGGGGGCUCUGAUCCAGCAAUUCAUGAUCUUGACCUUCGGGUCUCUCGCCAAUUCGACCCCCUAUCUGGGGGGAAUUUUGCUGGUGAUCGUUCUGGCAUGGCUGGCGGCGGCAAAGUCCCUGGAUUCCCAGUUCUCGCCCCUGGCGAAGGAAGAGCUCCACCGGGAGAAGGUCUCCAAGGCUGCCGCGAAGGAGCCCCAGCUGGUGACAUCGCCUCCUGAGGCCAGCGGCGGCCCAGUCGAGAAGAAAGCGCCAGAGGAGACAGGAAACGGUUCCGCCUUGUCAAACGGGACGGCCCUCCAAGUGGAUGCUGCUGCUGAUGACCCGUCGGAGACGUCCGCUCCACAGGCCUAG